CUUUACGGAUUUUGCAGCUUUGAUAAAAAUGCCCCGAGAUUAUCAUGGAAAGUUAUAAUAUUCGUUCAUAUUCCCUGAAGCUUCAUGUUAAGCUUAACUUGAUGUACGAACACAUCUGCUAGCAUCAUUUUCUUUUGACAAAAAACGAAGUUCGUGUGAUCUACCAUAAUAUACACGUGUGUCAAUUAUUCGGAUACUUACUCUGGCGUUAUGUUGUUCAUCAACAAGAUUUUUACAUUAUCCAUGGUUGGUUUUGUCUCACAAGUGUUCUGUACUGAAGACAAACCCGCUGAGCUGAUGGUGUUGACUCGUCAAGACCUCCGUAGUUAUGACCUGGAUACUUUAGAAUACAAAACACUUCUGAACAAAUCUCUCGGUGGAGCUCUUAGUUUGGACUUUGACUACAGAGAGAACUCUAUCCAUUGGACUGAUGUUCUAUCUCAUAACAUUUUUAUGAUUAAUCUCCACACUGGAAAAGAUGAGGUAAAAACAUUUAUUGAAGGGGAUGUAACUCCAGAUGGUAUUGCUGUUGACUGGGUGCAUCGUAAUCUGUAUUACUCUGACACUGGAUACAACAAGAUCGAAGUAUCUCGCCUGGAUGGCAGCCAUCUUAAGACACUCAUCAGUGAUGAUCUUGAUCAACCAAGGGCUUUGGCUGUUGACCCUGAAAAUGAUUGGAUCUACUGGACAGACUGGGGCAAAACACCUAAGAUUGAAAAAUCUGAUUACGUUCAACAACGUUUGUACUGGGUUGAUGGUAAUUUACAGACAGUCUCCAGCUGCAAUUUUGAGGGGGAAGAUCGUAAAAUCAUCCUUGACAAUCAUCCAAUACUCAAACGCCUGUUCAGCAUCACUUUAUUUGGAGACAACCUCUUCUGGACUGACUGGACGUCCAACGCUGUACAUAAAGUAAACAAAUUUGGGAAAGAAUCUGCAAUCACCAUAGCUGCAAACCUCAGCCAACCUAUGGGAAUACAGGUCUACCAUAUCUCCAGACAGCCGAUAGGAACCAAUCACUGUGGGACAAACAAUGGCGGCUGUACAGACCUGUGUCUGCCUAAACCACGAACCAAUGAUACAACAGAUAGCACCAAAAACUUUGAAUGUGUGUGUUCUAAUGGAAGAAGAUUUGGAGAAGGGGAUCAAAAACACAUUUGCUUAUCUAAUGGUAAGAAUUAG